AUGCGGGUCUGGCUGGCGCUGGUCGCUGUGUGUGCGCUAGCGGCCGCGCCGCCGCCCUGCCCGCUGGGGCCGGGCUGUCCGAAACUGACGCAGGAGCAGGCCGUCUACCUGCUCUCCACACACUUCCCGGGCCUGCUGGAGAAACUAGGGGGCGCCACUGGCAGCGCUGAGCCGCCGGCCGCACCAGCUGAGCAGCCGGGUGUGGCAGCCGAGCAGCCACCCACAGCAGCCGAGCAGCCACCCGCAGCAGCCGAGCCGCCAGCUGUAGCUGCUGAACCGCCUGCUGCAGCAGCUGAGCCGCCAGCUGCUGCCGCUGAGCCGUCGUCGUCACCCAGCGCGGCCAGCAGCGCCGAGCCGGCCCCCGGACCUGGCCAGAGCAGCGCACAGAGUGGCCCCGCGCAGCAGGAUGUGCCGGCCGACCCCCAGGCCUCAGCUGAACCGCAACUGGAGCCGACUGCCGCCGCCUCGCCGGAGCCCUCGGCCGCGUCACCGCCUGCCGUCACCGAGCCCCCGGCCGCGGCGACCAGCUCCGAGCAGCCGCCGGUGCCCGCCGAGCCGCAGCCGGCUUCGGCAGCCGGCGAGCCGAGUGCAGCCGCUCCUCAGCCGAGCGCGCCGCAGAAGGGACCGGAGCCGGGACUGCCCGCAAGCCCUAAAGCCAUCGGUGUGCCGGCUGAUGCCAUCCCCGCCAAGCCUAUUGUUGUCCCGGACCAUCUCAAGGACGCAGUGGUGGCUGGAGAGGCCAAAGCCGAAUUCCAGGCUGCCUAUGACGCGUUUGCGGCCACUCGUCUGGCCGGUGUGCGCCCAUAUCCGAUCCCGGAGCGUCCGCGCCCGCUGAUUCCGCUGCCGCCGACCCCGCCGCCGACCGUGGCGGUCCUGCCUGACCCCAUCCGCGCUGUGGACCCGGCUGUGGCCUCCGCCGCUGCCCUCAACCCGGACGCCCUGGCUGCCGCCGUGGCGGACCCUUCCAUCGUUCCCGCUGGGGCACCCGCCGAUGUGGCCGCUGAGGCGCCCGCGGGCGCUGCUGCGGAGGCGCCUGCGGCCGCCGCUCCUGAGGCGCCUGCCGACCCGGCCGGCUCGUCUCAGGUGGCCGGCGCUCCUCUCUCCGAUCUGAUCGCCGUACUGACCACUCCCGGCUCUCCGCUGGCAGACCUCGUCUCCAGUCUGUUGGGAAGCCAGUCGUCCGGCUCGGGCGCCGAGCCUGCUCUCGGCGGCACGUCCCUCUCCGACGUCAUUGCGGCCCUGCCUCCCGAAUCGCCCCUCACCAAACUGCUUACUGACCUGACGGACCCUAACUCGCCGCUUAGCGGUAUUCUCUCGAAAGUCACCUCCCCUGAGGCUUCCUCCGGCUCUGACCCGUUGGGCGGAGUGGUCAGCGCUCUGACGGACGCUCCCUCCUCUGGUGGCGCGAGUCCGGUGGAGUCGCUGGUCGGCCAACUGACGGGCGCCGAGCCGACGACGGAUGCGCCGGCUGCCGCUGGCGCCGCCGAACCCGGCGCUGCCGCUGCUUCAGCCCAGCCCGAACAGCCGACGACCACCACACAGGCUCAGCCCGAGCCGACGGCUACGACGCAGGCUCAGGCUGAUCCGACGACUGUGACCGCAGCUCAGGCUGAACCAUCUGCUGCGACCCCAGUCCAGGCCGAGCCGACGCCUGCUGCUCAGGCCCCAGCUGAGCCUUCAGCUGCUAGCCCGACUCAGGCCGAGCCGUCUGCCGCGGCUCCAGUCCAGGCUGAACCGACGGCGGCGGUACGGGCGGGUGUGGCGACCCGUCGGCUUCCCCGGCUCCGGCGCCCGGCUCGACCACCGUUCCCCGGCGGUCACCCGUUCAACUUCUUCGGCCUGCCGCCGCCGCCCCUGCGCCGGCCGGGCGCGGUCCGGCGCGGUCCCUCCCUGCACCACCUGCCGCCGGGCAGCCGAGCGCCGCCGUCCGUCAUCGCGCAGCUCUCCCUCAAAGGCCUGGCCCCGCUCGACUUCUCCGCACACCUGAAGCCGACACCGAGGCCAGCCGCCACUCCGACACCCUAG